AUGGCAGCAUGUGAGGAGGAGUGUGAGGCAGAGUGUGAGGAGGAGUGUGAGGCAGAGUGUGAGGAGGAGUGUGAGGAGGAGUGUGAGGAGGAGUGUGAGGAGGACUGUGAGGCAGAGUGUGAGGAGGAGUGUGAGGAGGAGUGUGAGGAGGAGUGUGAGGAGGAGUGUGAGGAGGAGUGUGAGGCGCUGUGUGAGGUGGAGUGUGAGGUGGUGUGUGAGGAGGAGUGUGAGGCGGAGUGUGAGGUGGAGUGUGAGGCGGAGUGUGAGGUGGAGUGUGAGGCGGGGUGUGAGGCGGAGUGUGAGGCGGAGUGUGAGGUGGUGUGUGAGGCGGAGUGUGAGGCAGAGUGUGAAUCUGCUGCUUACAUUGAGCUUGCAAUCAGGGAGCAGAGAGAUGAAUGCUGGUGCUUAGCUCGUUUCCUCUCGUUUUAA